AUGGAUCUCAUCAAAUAUGCCACUGAGGCCGAUGGACCAGGACUUGCCAAAGUCAACGUCCAAAGCUUUCAAAACCAUCUCCUCGGAGAACUUUUUCCAGGGGCCAGCUCGACGAGAAUUCAGGAAUACAAAAUGAUUGUAGGAAUGAAACAUCUUGCCGACCCCAAUAUGCACGUUCUCAAGAUUCAUGAUCCAGUCACUGGAGAGCUGGCGACCUACAGCCGUUGGCAUUUCCCAGCUUCAUUUGGUCCCAGUCUGGUUACCCUAAGUGAAGAGGCGGCCACUGUGGCCAAGGACCCUAUUUCACAUGCACCCCAGCCAAUGAAUGGGGAACUUUUUAAUGCCUUUAAAACGCUCCUUGGGGAGGCUCGCAAGCGACACACCACAGAGAACGAUAUCAUCCUCGAUCUGUUAGCAACCCUGCCUGAAUAUCAAGGACGAGGUUUCGGCUCUGCUAUCUUGAAAUGGGGCAUGGAAAAGGCAGAUGCCUCUCAGUCGCGCAUCUUCCUCGAGGGUACGCCGGAAGGUGUUCCUCUCUACCUCAAGCAUGGAUGGAAGCUAGUAGAGGAAGUGACUCUGGAUUACACAUUUAGUAAUGAUGAGCAAAAGUCAUUUUUCCUGAUGAUGAGAGAUCCAGUUUCAAAAUAA